AUGACUCUGGGGUUAAUCAACGCGAAUCCGGUGGUCCACGCUAAGAAGGAAAGGGUCGCCCGCACUGAAGAACCACAUGAUGACGACGCCCUUGAUCCUCUGGAAAUCUAUGAUAUCCUUUUUCUUUUUCUUUUGCAUUUUUUAUUUACUUUCGGCGUUCUGUUUGAAUUUCUUCUUCUUAAGAUCAAGAAUCACACGUUUAUUCUAUUAGAUCCAGAGCACCCGUAUUCGCUUGAACAGCUCAGUGUGCUUUCUGAGGAGUCCAUUACUGUUGAUGAGAAACUCGGCCGCAUUCUGAUAACUUUUACUCCAACAAUUCAGCAUUGCAGCAUGGCGACUGUAAUUGGUCUGUGCCUAAGAGAGAAGUUGAAGGAUUGUUUUCAUCCACAUUUUAAGUUUAUACGUGCCGUAUUUUACCUAGAAACUUUUGAGGAAAAUAACCUUGGAGAUAAAGUGCAAUUGUUAUUUGGUACUGAAUUGAUAAGUAUAAUAGAUAUUAAUGCCAUGUCGAAGAGCUUUCGUAUUUCUCUUGUUGGUGCUGUCUAA